AUGUUUUCUAGACAAGAAACAACUAAUAAUGGCAAAGAAUUCUUAAAAGGUAUUUAAUAUUUUUAACAUGAUUAAGCAGACAUUACUAACUUCUCAAAUAAUGUUGACCAGAGAUGUAACAUAGCCUUAGCGUUCAAUUAUUCAUCGAGUAUGAAAACCUUGCGAUAAGUCUUCGAAAGAGCAGAAAGUUGGGGAAACUCACAAAACUUAGGCAUUAGCAAAUAACAACACACAGUCAAACUUAGAAUUCAUAAAAUUAAAGCAUUAAGAUCUCUAAGAAUACUCAUAAUCCUCAUGGGUAUUUAGGAAUUUCAGAUGAAUGAAUUAAGAGAAAAAAUGAUACACAUGAAUCUAAACGAAAUUGACAGCAUUAUCAAAAAGCUACUUGAUAUGGUCUGUUCAUCGAGCCAGAACUUAAAUAAGAUAUCGUCUAAACUAAUUGAGUACGGAAUUUACAUGAACAUCUCACAACUACUAAACAGAAUCUAAUACUAGAUAUUUGAGCCUUUACUUUCAAAUAUACUUUGGCUAUUGGAGGACUUGUCUAAUUUGGACUUCGAAAAUAUUGAGUAAAUUAUCAGUACCAAUAUUCUGCAUAAAGUUUUUGAUAUUUUGCAAAAUGUUUUAAGCUUCUAUGAGGAAAUGAGAGGCAAAUUCUUCGAAUAAGAUCAUUUGAAAGCAGGCUAAAUAUUACUAUAAUGCUUGACAGUCAUUGGAAAUGUUGCUGCAGAAAAUAAGUAGUCUAGGAAAGAGCUUUUGAAAUACAAAACUUAUGAAAUUAUAAUGGAAAUUGCAAAGAAUUAGAUUUUGAUUGGAAUACCAGAUAUGAACGACAAAUUAAUUUGGAUAUUAUCAAACCUAACGCUAGACUUCAAUUAAUCAGACCUUACAGAAGAAAUUACUAAUGAAAUGAUAUAUCUUAUCUUAGAUAAUCUUUACUCGCAUGAAAUAGGAAUUGUCUUAAAUUCUCUCGAUAUUAUAAUAAACAUUACAAAUGUCCAGCCAGGUCCAUCAGCAGAUGCCUUUAUAAAAAACGAAUAAGUUAAUUAGGUACUAGCACCUGGUCCUUUGUUUAAAUGGAUUUUUCAAAUGAUUGACAGUUUUGCUGCUUAAGAUCAAGUGGCACUUGACUUUAACUAAUAAGAACUGAAACUUCCAGAAAAAAUUAUGGAAUGCAUCAGCAAUUUUUUAGCUUCUGAUGAUAGCAAUAUACAAUAUUUGCUAGAUAUUGGCAUCGAUGACUACAUCUCUUGUUUAUUUGCUUGGAAUAAAUAAGAUUCAGGUCUUUGUGGAUAAAACUAGCUUAGAUAUGAAUUACUUUUGACAAUAAUAAUGAUCAAUCUCUGUAAUUCCAUGGCUUUUGAAUUUGGCAGGUAAUUAUAUGUAGAAUACGGAAAGUUCAAUUGCAUUUUAGAGAGAGUUAUGAGCAAUGUCAUGUCUAAAAAUGAUAGAUUGAGAAAAGAAUCUUUAGUGUUAAUAGGACUACUACUUUAGAAAUAAAAAGAUUAUGAAGUGAAAGCAUAUAUUGCUAUAAAAUACAAAAUAAUUCCUACAAUACUGGAACUGUUAAGAUAUGAAAAAAACUAGAGACUUAUUUUCUAUGCUGUUGAUAUACUAGAACUUUGUUUGAUCAGAGAUAUUGAAACGUACUAUUAGCAAUAUGACAUUAUUGAUCACAAUUACGAUCGAACUAAAAUUAUCAAUAUGGAUUUGCUAGAAUUAUUCUUUGAUAAUGAUGGUGCUGAUGUUUUUUACAGAAUUAGGACAGAUUUACAAUAUAAUCACCAGAUUGUAUAUAUGAUAAGUAAAUUUGAAGCUAUAUUCUUUGUCCUAGAACCUAAAAACUGCUAUCAACAUUGCUAAUAUCUUGAAGAAUGA